AAUGCAUUUUACCACAAUAAUAUUUUCAUAGAUAAUAAUUGCAUAAUAAAUUAUUGUCGUGUUUAAAAUUCUGAUAUUUUAAUUAAAAAGUACCAUUCCGUAAGAAUAUCUUAAUUCGGUAUUUAUUUUACAUAAUUUUUCAUAUCGCUUAUAUAGUGUAUACUGUGCAUACACCAUUUAAAGCAUAUGAGAAAUUAUGAAAAGUAAAUACUCUAAUUAAGUGCAUACUAUCAUAACGAUUGAACUUCCUCUAAACGAUUUACGAGCCGGUUAGCAACGUUUCGUCGACAUUUACACUAGAGUAGCGGUUCGAUAACGAAAGAUCAGGGGUCGGGAUUGAUAAAGGUUGAUAGUGGGCCCCGAUAGACGUAAGUGGUCAGUUCCUUCGGUGUCGCAGGCAAAUAAACUACAACUUUCCUCGUCUCGUGUCGCUUACACGUCUAAGAAACGCGUGUUGCUCAUUCAGGAACUAAACGUCAAUUAGUUAGACGUUUUGAUAGCUUUAUUAGAUCGGAUUUCUGCUGUUUAUCUGUGAUUAACGAGUAAUAAUGUGCCACUGAAUAGUUACUUGAAAAUAUGAACAGCGAUGGGAAUUGUCAUACCAGGAAGUAUAGCUACUUAUUUGAUAACGUUUAGUGUUCGUGUAAGAAAUGUUGAGUAGAAAUAGUUAAUUCGUUUCGAAGCCAGUUCAAAAAACAAAGAUUUAUACUACCAGAUGGUGAUCGUGCCAUCCCCCGGAUCCAUAUGGGAUUAUCCAUACAUGAACCAGGUCAGCAGAAUGAUGGGCUUGGUAUAUGGGACAGGACCAAAGCCUGAGCAAGAUUUAUUCCCUCCCAAGAUUCGAAUUCCAGAGACACAUAUGGAGAGUCCAUCGAGGUUCGAACUGACGAAGGCGGAGGUCCAAAAUGCAGAAGAAACGGAACUGGGUGAGGUAAAGGUCACGCCUCCGAUGAGCACUGUCGCGACGUCGACGCCCGUGCAGCCAGGGAGUAUUCCGUGCAGAAACGGCGGCUGCAAGAGCUGGGCCAAUCGCGCGGAAUCGAGAAUGGAAAGCCCUUGGCAUUUCCUCAAAACUAUCUUCCUUAUCUCUGUAAUCGUCGCUCUGGUUCUCUGGGUAAUCGUCUACACGUUUCUCGUCCAAUAUCGGAUCUUGUGAAGCAUUUAAGGGCACCGAGAAACUUGGGUGGCCGAUGUUCUUCCAUUUGGAAGCGAACAAGGAAAAUUUGGGUAAUCCUUUGUCUUCGGUAACAUAGAUACAUGAUAAGAUGUCCAAGAAGAUACUCUUUGAAGUAUGAGAAAAAGCCAGAAAUGUGAGGAGAGAGAGAGGAAGAUUUUUUUGUAGAAUUCUGAUACGUUGGUCGAUUCUCCAUUUUCUAUCGAUGAAUCCGUCCUUGCGCGAAGCAAUAAUUAAUUCUGUGCUCAAAAUCGUGGAUUUGUGGAAGAAUCAUGUUAUUUGUUUGACGAGCAAAUGGAAAUGUAAAAAACAUGUACUCUUUUGUGGACAGAAAGUUUUAGAAAUUCAGAGUUGGAGUUGCGUAAAGAGUAUCUCGAGGCUCCUAUUUACGCGAGCAUAUACUCUCGUGAUUAUCGGUUCAGUGACAAAGAAAUUCCCAGUGUUGAGACACUCGACAUAGAAAGAAGUAGAGAGACCUUUGUAAUGUAUGAAGGAAUCGUCCGCGAGGAUAAAAUUGAAAUGAUACUAGUCCCUGUAAUAUUUGUUCGAAUUGGAUAUUUCCUUUUAACGAAAUUAAUAGUUAUCACAAAAUUAUUGCGAUUGUAUUACACUAAUAUAUUGCUAAUCUCUUUAUAAUGUUAUACGUAAAAUGUUUGAUACAUGGUAUUCGAUUAUAUAAUAUUCAUGAUUUUUUACCAAGUAUUUGUACAAAAACGAAUUAAUAAAGUUAUCUUGCAGAAAA